AAAUCCAAAUGAACAUCACAAACAGGAACCUGUCCUUGCUGCCUCAAGAGAGCGUAACAGAUUUCGAUCCAUCGUUUGGGAUGAAUAUGACUCGGUUCAUCAAAAGUAUUUAGAAAUUGGAAUGAAACCACGUAUGAAGAAUCACUUCCGUGCACAUCAGCUCAGUGUCUGGCUGCGCCUCAUCCCCGAGCUGCACCGCGCCGGAAUGGAAGACGUCGUCGCUAGACACAAUCUCUUUAGAAAUCACAACAAUGCCGAUUUAUACGACGGUGCCGUCCGCCCCGAUCCUUUAUCACGGGUUAGUUAUUACGAUCCGACGAUGGAACUUUUUAGAAGACGACCGAACUCGAGCCUCACGAAUCUAGAUACCCCUACUACAAUGGAUACCAUUGUUACCACUUGCGUUAACGUCGUCUCGGCGGGAAAUUACAAUCCGCAACUAUUCCAAAAUCAAAAUAGUUCCACGGACACUUUGGCUAGCCUGGAAGCUGCCGGCUAUGCAGCGUACAGCACUGCUCUGAGUGUAACAAUUGCCAUCGGCUGUUCGCUGCUUAUCCUCAACGUUCUGAUUUUCGCCGGAGUGUACUAUCAGCGCGACAAGACUAGAAUGGAGGUGAAAAACCUGCAGCAGCAACAAAACAGAAACCAAGCCACAUUUGAGACCAUUUCGAAACAUCAGCAUUACCACUUAGGGCACUCGCAAAGUUCAAAUGUUAUCGUCGACGUUGAACAGGACACUUCUGCUAUGAUCAUGGCUGCAAACGCCCAGCAAGAUAUUCAUCUUAACAAGGUGCAACACCUUUGUCCCACCAGCAUCUCCAACACCUUGAAAGCUCCACCUCCUAGCCCAAACGUUAUGAUGCAGAACUGCAUGACCCUUCCAAAAAACGCGUCUAUGCAGAUGCACAACCUCCAGAACUACCAGACUCAUCAGGGAUGCAUGACUCUUCCAAAAAACUCAACUCUGAUGAAUAACACUGCUUGCGUCAUAGCUGAGAUGCAGCAGCAGGGCAUCGUGCAACCUCCGAAUGGAAACGCUACCAUGCCGCUGAACGUUCCAAAGCCACCGCCCCCGCCAAGGGCGAAGAGUCCCGAGACACAGCCCUUACUGUCUUCUCAUCACAACAAUUCGGGUAAAGGGAAUAUAAGGCUGCCUCAAGCGGCUAUGAGUGAGAUGAGGGUGUGA